AGCUUACAUUUUUGUAGUUAUUUCAAAUUAUAUGAAGGCACGUUUCACGAUACACGGGCUCCAACUACAUUGUAUUAGACCUACACCACAAUAAGCUGUAGAUAUCUGCCGGCAGUUUCGUAGUCGACAUGGUUCUAAGUUCAUCGUAUUACGUCUGGAAAGGCAUCGAGAAACUUGAAAGCGGAGAGCGCGUGCGGCUUCUUCAGUCGCUGGUAGCUUCAAGCCAGAGAGCCGAUCCACCGCUUUUCCGACAUGAAGGCAGGAGACCACCAAGUGCGGAAAAAUUCCUACCUCAGUCGGUUUGAUUCCAUACGAACAUCACUUCAUCUGCAUUGGAUGUGACUGUGAAGGGCGACCAAAGAUCGUCCACUAUGACUCGAAAAGCAAACUUUCACAGUCGGUAACGGUGUGCCUGAUAAAAUUACCCCACAAGGACUUUAUCAAGGACGAAGACGAACUGCAAGCUAGGGGAAGAGAAGUGGAGCGGGUCGUAUGGCCAGAAGAAUUGCGACGCUAUUCGGCAAAAGAAGUCACUGACAGGGCUCAGAGGAGGCUUGGCGAGAAAUCGUUCUAUCACUCGAUAAAGAAUAACUGCGAAUCGUUCGUCAUGUGAUGUUUAUGUGGUCUGAAAAUCAGUCUGCAGGCGACUACGAAAUCUCUGUAGUUUCUUUGUGGUAGGUAACGGUAUAUUAUGGUCGAUUUGGCGGGCCCGCAGCACGUUUUCAAUUAAGAAACUGAGAAAUUUUAAGUUCCCUUUCUAUGAAGCCCUAUUCACUUCGCUCGACAAAAGAUCGCAUUUAGCUUAGUAGUACAAGAGACGGUGAUGGUGCCAAUCAUUCGAUGCUGCUCGUUCUAAAAAGGAAUUUAUGUCCCUUAAUUCCUUUACUUUUGCAAUUUUCUAUUUAAGAAAUUUGAGCAGUAGCGUCGAGAGGUAUUAUACGAUCUCGUUAUGUAACAAGUUCCACCCUCUAUAGACGAAACUGUACCUAGCCAUAGUAAUGGUGUAAUUAGCGCCAGUCAUAAGGCUGAACAGAACCUAUUCAACAGUAUGUGCAGUUUAAAACGUAUGGAGACAAAGUUGGCAAGAUACUGAGAUGUUUAAGUAAAUAUGGAUGAAUUAACAGCAUUAUGAUGUUCUGUCAGUACAUGAUAAGUAAGCAUGAAUAAGCCUAGGUUGACUUUUAGAAACAGAGCUAACUAGUAAAGGAACAGAAGAAAGGAUUGCAAUGCUGAAUGUGAAUUACGGUUUGAAGUCUGAUUUCAGUCCAAAUUUAAAAGUGUUCUACAGGUCAUCGUACUUUCGCAAGAUUUAACUGAGAAAGUUUUAUAUUGCUUUAAAAAAACCAGUACUGUCUAAUGCGUAUUAUUUUCUCCAACUUCGUGACCCGUUCGAGAUCAGAUUAAAACUAAAUAAACACUAAGAGUAGCAAGUUGACCAUACGCAUUAGAAACUUUUAUGAUGUCAGUAAAACUAAUUUUAUAUUUUUCAAAUGAGAGACAUUUUGAGCUACAAUGGACGUUACAUUCUCCUCUCCCUUCUAACAGAAAAACGUCCUGUGUUUGGCUACACAGUGUUUCCAUUGCGUGACUGGAAUGCAAACAUUAUUUUCAGGCUGAUAAACAUUGCGUCAGUGGAACGCAUUCGUGCCUGUCAAGGGUUCAAUUAAUGGCUGGAUUAUUAAGCGAAUACCUUUUCCAGCCGAUCAGGAGCUUAUUUUUAGCUGGAGCCGGGCGUAAUUGGUGCCUACUCUAUAGGAUUGACAAACUUCAUUCAAAAGUAUGCAGUUUAGCUCAGUUUAAAACGUACGAAGACAAAGUAAGCAAAGAUAUAGAUGUUAAUGAAUAAGGAUGAAGUGUUGAAAUUUUCAGUCAGUAAUAAGUAAACAUGAGCUAGCUUAGGGUAACUUUCAAAGACAGAGAAAGAGAAGAAAGGAUUGCAAUGCUAAAUGCGAGUUACAGCUUGAAUUUUGAUGUCAGUCCAAAUUUAAAAGUGUUCAAGAGGUCAUCAUACAUUUACAAGAUUUAACUGAGAAAGUUUUAUGUUGUUUUAAGAAAACCAGUAUUGUCUAAUUCGUACUAUUUUCUCCAAUUUGGUGACCCGUUCUAGGUAUUAAAAUUGAACACUAAGAGUAGCAAGUUGACCAUUCGCAUCAGAAACUUUUAUGAUCAUGACAUUUUGAGUUACAAUGCACGUUACAAUCCCCUCUCCCUUCUAUAACAAGAAAAAGUCCUGUGUUUGGCUACAGAGUGUUCCUAUUACGUGCUACAAUGCAAAUAUUAUUUUAUUGUCAGGGUGAUGAUAAACAUUGCGUCAGUCGAACGCUGCUCCGGUCAAGAGUUCAGUAAAUGGCUCGCUUAAUCUUAUGUGGCUAACUUUCGCAGCCAAUCAGGGCUCGUCAACUAGCUUAUUUUUGGCUACUGACUUAAACGAUUUAAAUAAAACGAAACCGGGAAAAACCCCUAUGAUUUCAGAAUAAAAGCAUCGCGGGGUUUAGCUACAUUAUAUUAGGCCUACUCCACAAGAAGCUGUAGAUAUCUGCCAGCAGUCUCGUAGUCGACAUGGUUUUAAGUUCAUCGUAUUUCGUCUGGAAAGGUAUCGAGGAACUUGAGAGUGAAGAGCAAAUGCGUCUUCUUCGAUGGCAACUUCAAGCCAGAGAGCCGAUCCAUCGUUUUUCCGACAUGAAGGAAGGCGACCACCUGGUGCGGAAAAGUUCCUCCCUUGGUAUUUCGUACGAGCAUCACUUCAUUUGCAUUGGACCUGACCGUGAAGGGCGGCCAAAGAUCGUCCAUUAUUAUAACACGGCGGCUAACGCUAGCGCACAAAUGAUUUCUACGAGUGGCCUUGGUUCGGGUAGCGCAAAUGAACGAUUGGGCAUCGUGCAAGAGAUGACAUUACCACACAAAGACUUCAUCAAGAACGAAGACGAACUACAAGCUAAGGGAAGAGAAGUGGAGCGAGUCGUGUGGCCAGAGGAAUUGCGACGCUUUUCUGUAAGAGAAGUCAUAGGCCGGGCUCAAAAGAGGAAAGGCGAGGACUUCUUUGACUUGAAAAAGAAUAACUGCGAGUCGUUCGUCAUGUGGUGUUUGUGUGGCUUGAAUGUUAGUCUGCAGGUGACACCACUGCGAAAAGCUCUUUGUGAAACAGGAAGAGGUGUUCUGAGGUCGAUUUGGCAUGGCCUGCAGCAAAUUUUCAAGGUAGGCACCGAGCUUGUUGAUGACUUCGCUGUAGCGAUCGGACGCGGUGCAACACGCAGUGCAGUUGGCCAAGCCAGCCAAGCUGCUCCAAAAGCUCUUUCAAAGGUUGGGGUCGGGGUCGGCGCGGCAGUAACUGUGAUAAUCGAGGCAGUUAUGGCGGGAUAUGACAUUCGUAAUGUGUACAAGAAGUGGAAAGAUACAGGACUCAUUGAAUCCAGAGAGGAGUUCAUCAAAGAGGCCACUGAUAUUGUGCUGUUGGCACUUUUUCGCUCCGGCGGAAGUAUCGUAGGAAUGGUAGUCGGUCAAGUUGUGAUCCCCAUUCCUGUUGUUGGCGGCCUCGUGGGAGCUGUUCUCGGAAAUUUCGUUGGUCACCUUAUUGGAAAAAGCCUGUCAGGAACAUGCUCUAAAACUCUUGCUCAUCUAAUCGAGACUAAAAUGCGUCAAAUACUAGACUAGUAACGCGAUACAAAUGUAGUACAGCCCUUACCUGACUUCCUUCCUACAUAGUGUACUGUACUGAAAACAGCGCGGAAUGGUUUCAUUUACGUUUUUACACGUAAAAUAUUAUAUAAAGUAACUUUCCCGAGUCUUAAAAAGGGUCGCGAAAAUUAAAUUAGGUACUUGAUCAUUCACUGCACAAAUCACCAAACAUUCGCGCCCGAAUUCGAUCGAACACAGAUACCGAACUAUUCUGAGAUAUCCAGCCCCCCACCGGGUUGGGGGGGGGGGGUACUCCCUUAUAUGGGCUAUAUAGGUAUGUGCGGCCCCAAAGGAUAGGG